AUGUCGUCUAGCUUCGUCGCCGCACCAGCCGACUUUGAUCCACAGAGCUACGGCCAGAACACAUCGCCACCCAGCCUGACCACCGCCAGCAGCCCGGCCUCGAGCGUCUCCACCGGCGACGACAGGCACGGCAGCGUGCCAAAGAGCGCUCACCAGGGUCGACAGCAGCCGCUGGUCGCCUCGUCGUCGUCGACCCUCAGCGGCAAGGGUGCCUUCGGCCUCGCUGCAAUUUCGGCUUCGGAGAGCGGCUUCUCACCCAGCAUCUGGUCAGACGACGCGCCUGGCCUCUACAAGAGCGGCUUCCAGGCCCAUACCGCUCCCGACUCUUUCCCCGCAGGCAAGGGAUCCGUCGACUCGAUGAGCUUCGCCGGUUGGGACAGCAGCUUCGGCAGUGGGCUCAGCGUGUCGCAGGACGACGACUUUUCCAUGGACAUGGACUCCGUUGCUGGCACCGACACCGCCUUCUCACCGCUCUCGGCACAGUCACCCGCCACCAUUGCCACCAUCCAGCAGCGCGCACUGCUGAACAGCACGUCGAUGGCGGCAGCGACGGGAGGCGCGGGGUCCGCCGGAAGUCCAGCCGGAUCCGACGUCAAGGUCGGUGCUGGCUCGGCCAUCGAUGGCCAGCCGGCCUCGACCUUUGGCAGCGAGCAUCCAUUGCCCAACGGCGGAGACAACCCCGACGUCAACGCAUGGAAGGGCAAGACGAGCGAUGAUGACGAGGCCAUGUUUGAAUCCCUGAUCCAGGCCGAGAGCUUUGGGCCGCCGUCCGCCGAGGCGUCGGACAGCGGCGGUUCGCAGUCGGCCCCGGCGAACGGCCAGCUACAGCACGCUGCCAAUGGCGCUGCGCAGAAGGCCUCGAAAGACGCCAAGGCCAAGGCCUCUGGUUCGCAGAGCGCGCGGCGGCAGUCCGGCAAGGGCAAGGCGCAAAAGCCUGAUGGCGAGCCCGCCGCGACGGCCCCGACGGCGGUCAGCGCCAGGAGGCACGGUUGCCAGACUGCCGUGCACAGCAACAAUCUCGACGCCGAUCUCGGCUACUCGGCCUUCACCGUCAUCCGCCCGCCGCGCGAGCAGCUCAAGGACCUCCAGGUUCAUGUCCACGGCGUGCCCAUGCACGGCGCAAAGUCUCGAGUCGAGACCCAGAUUCGGAUGAGGCUGGAGCUGGUGCAGCCGAGGCCGAUGGCGCAUCCCGACGGCUCCCGUGCUGAGCCCUCCUGGGAUCGUAUCGGCUCCUUCACCCACAUCAAGCUGCCACCGCUGAGCGGCACCAAGCGCAAGUCGAAAAAGUACCAGCGAAUGGACGUCCCGCCCGAAAACACGCUGUUCGUCGAUGCCACCGUCGUCAACGCCACCCCGCCCCACGACCGCGUGUACGUCUGCAAGGGCUGCCGCCAGCGCGAGCGCAAGCGGGCGCACCGGAAAAAGGACCCCGGGGCGCCCGUCGACUUGCAGCCGACGGCCGAGGAGAUGAAGAGCCUCGGCAUCGACCCGUCAUCGCCGGACGCCGUGGAAAGGGCGACGGCGCGAAUGGAGGAGGAGGAAAAGAAGCGGGUUGUCCUGUUCAACUGCGGCGACUUUGUCGACUUCGAGGAGGGCGAGGCGGUGCUGCCGACGCGGAUCACCUGCUACUGCCGCCACCACAAGGAGAAGACUGGUUUCUGCGUCAUCUUCACCAUGCGAGACUGGCAGGGCAGGCUCGUCGCGACCGGGUCGACGCCGCCCAUCAUGAUUACCGACGACCACAAAUCGAUGGGCAUCGCUGCGCAGGCAGCAGCUGCCAAUGCAGCCAACGCCGGCCAGGCGCAGGCCUCGCACCAGCCCCAGGGCGUGGUCAAGCAGGUCAAUGGGGCGAGCCCGCGCGCCUCGACGUCUCAAGGCGACGAUGGCAGGAGCCCGCCGCACGGAGGCGUCAGUGGCACCACCACGCCCAAUGGAGACGGCGUCCAGCGUCGCAAGGAACGCGCUAAGCCCUACGCCGACAGCCGCCGCCGCCGCAACACGUCGGGCAUGGACCUGAGCAUGACGCCCUCGCACCCUGGCACCGGGCAGACUACGCCCGCCACCGGCCUCUCUCCACCUCCGGGCCCGGCAGACAUGGGUUCGUCUGACUUCUGGAACGUCUUUGCGCUGGCCGGGUCCGCCAACGGGCAAGGGCAGAUCAAUGCGGGCAGCGGCGCCAGCGCCGGCGUGACGACUCCCGGCGGCGUCUCGACCGUCAAGAGCGAAUCGCCUGCGCCUUCGGCAACUUCCCAGAGCGCCGGGCUCGCGGUGCCGCAGCAGCAACAGCAGGUGCAGCAGGUGCCACAGGUGCAGCAGGUGCAGCAGAUGCAGCAGAUGCAGCAGCAACAGCAGCUCCAGCAGACGGCCACGAUGCAGCAGUUGCAGCAGCUUCCCCAGAUGCUGCAGGCGCACCUCGAGCAGGGGUCCCUCUCGCCCGGCACGUUGCAAACAAACAUGCAGAGCGUGCCGCACUUUGACUUUGAGCAGUUCUUCCGCAACGCCCAGAUGGGAAUGGCCAACGGGCCCGAAUUCGCCCACUUUAUGGCGAUGGCCGCGGCCGCCGCGCUGCCGGCGCAGAACAGGGGCGCUGCGAUGCCGAUGGAGCCGUCGCAGCUCGCCAACUUUGCCUCGAUGCAGCCCAACGGCAACGCCAACAGCGCCGCGGAUCCGCACCCGCUGCCGCGCAUCUCGAAGCUCAUCCCCGGCGAGGGUCCGACGAGCGGCGGCAUCGAGGUGACCGUGCUCGGAGAGAACUUUGUCGAGGGCAUCACCUGCGUCUUUGGCGACGUUGCAGCCUCCCACACCAAGGUCUGGGCCAGCAACACUCUGGUCUGCGUCCUGCCGCCCAGCCCGAGCCCGGGCCCGGUCGUCGUCAGCCUGAAGGGCGCUUCCGAGAUCGUUGGGACGCGAGCCAAGCCCGAGUCGGGUCCGCUUCAGCUCUUCACCUACGUCGACACGACGGAUCGCGCCCUGAUGGAGCUGGCCUUGCAGGUCGUCGGACUCCAGAUGACCGGCCAGAUGCGUUCGGCACGCGAGGUGGCCAUGAGGGUGGUCGGAUCGGGCCAGCAGCCUGCGGCGGCGUCGUCGCAGUUCAGCGCCCCGAGCGAGCAGCCCUUCCACGCCAACCACGCUGCCGACCACAGCCAGUCGCGCGAUGCCGUCAGCGGCCUUUUUGCCGCCAGGGUGGGCCGUCGAGAGAACUCCAACUUCCAGAACACGGUGAUUGAGUUCCUCUCGAUCCUCGACGCGCCGCUCGACGCCUCGGAUCUGCCUGCCGACUGCGUCCCCCGCAACGACGCCAUUCGGCUCGCCAACAAGCAGGGCCACACGCUGCUCCACCUCGCCGUCAUGAUGGGGUUCCACCGCCUGGUCGAGUUCCUCGUCGUGCGCGGCUGCCCGAUCAACGCCCGCGACGCCAACGGCGCUACCGCUCUGCACUUUGCGGCUUUGCACGGCAAGGUGACCAUUACCCGCCUUAUGCUGCGUCUCGGCGCGGGCGACGGCAUCGAGGACGCCAACGGCCUGCUCCCGAUCGACCUUGCCCGCGAGACGGACCAGGUCGAUGUCGAGAUGAUCCUGGCUAACACCGAGAGGACCGGUCACUGGGGCUCUGCGCACGACUUUGCUGCCAUCCACCACGACUCUGGCGUCAGCAUCAGCGACGACAGCCCCGACGACGACGACAGCCCCGAUGACGACCAUCGCGACCUCGACAGCGACAACCUUAGCACCAACCUCGACGACGAGAGCGAUGCGCGCGACUCGUACAGCGACGACAGCGUCGACGAGUCUGCCGCGAGCGACGACGAGGCAGAGGAGGCGCCCGCGCUUGUCCAGCCCACUCCGACGAGCGCGCCUGCGACGUCGAUCGACGAAAAGGCGACCCAUCGGUCUGCGGACGAGAAGAAGGCGUCCGACCAGAUCGAGGACCAGCUUCCGGCGCUCAAAUCCUGGCUUGCCCGAGCUGGCGACACGGUCAGCGGCGUCGAGUGGGUCAACAAGAACCUGCUGUCGCGGCCGGUGGCGCACCGGUUUGCGCAGCUGCACAUGCCGACGAUGCCGGCCAUUCCCGUCUUCCACCUGGCGUUGCCGGCGGCCCCGACGAUGCCGCUGAUGCCGUGGUCGACGCGAUCCUCGGACGGUGCGUCCAACGCCGACGGUGCCGAUCACAAGGACAAGGGCAAGGCCGCCGACGACGCCUCGGAGCACUGGGAGAGCGAGGAGCGGGGCCGGCUGCUCCGGAUGUGGCGCAGCGUCGUCGAGGAGAGCGCCAUGUGGAUCAACCCACUCUACUCGCCGCCGCCGGCGUAUGAGUCGGUUGCCGAGGGAGCGACCGGCGCUGCGGGUGGCAUCCUCGACGGUGCGACCGGCGAGGCGAGUGCUGGACCUUCCCGUCACGCCGACAGCCUCGUCGAUGCCUCGGUCCCGUCUCAGGGAUCCGACGUGCUUGGCGGUCUCGAGAACGAGGGCCCGUCACGGCGCGCUCGGCUCGCAACCUCCUCUGGUCUCGAGCAAGGCAGCGGCCAGGGUAGCAGCAGCGGAUCCAGCACUCCGCGUGCGAGCAAGGGUCUGAGGCCGGCAACCCUCUCUGGUGCUGCAACGCCGACCAGCCGCUCGAAGUCGUCGGCAUCGUCCGGCCACCGCGCGGGCCACUCAAGGUCCCCGACGGGCGACAUGACCAGCGGCAGCCACAGUGCCGCCGCGGCCACGGACGGCAAGACGGCGGGCACGCCUGCGGGUUCUGCGACGGCGGCGGCGACAGCGGCUCCUUCGCGGCGCAAGCGAACACUGCGCGACGAUGCGAUGCUGAUGUGGUUCUGGAUCCCAGUGCUGCUGGUGGUGGGGCUGGUGCUGCUGUUUAGCAAGUCGUCGAGCGUGCUGAGCCUGGCGGACCUGAUGAGCUACCUCGACUUCCCCGUCGACUACUACCGGCCCCAGGUGGCGCUGCAGGCGGCCCAGGAUGGCGUCGAGGCGGCCGCUGCGCGGAUCCACGAGAUUGGCCGCGAGGCCCUCUGA